AUGGGCGUCUCUUACCAGCCGUUGGACAUGACCGGUCCCAGAGUCACUUCCGAAUGUCUACUCGAAGUGCCUUUCGAGGUCUACACCGACUCACCUCCAUCUAUUACCGUGUCGAAUGCUCACAUUAACGCCGAGAGAGUUGCUAAGGGCAGCGCUACCGUGCGAGUUGAAGCGAUCCCCCGCGCAAAGGUGGGGCCGAGCAUUGGGAAAUGGCGCCAGACCCUGGCGGCCUUCAUUCGGUCCAGAUUUACGACUCGCCUGGCUGAUCGUGACGACGCUUUACCGCUGCUUUCGGAGGACCAGCCGCUGCAGAGGAAGAAGCGGUCUUGUCGGUCGAGUGUGGAGCGCUGGUUGGUGCGGGGAUUCUUGGGGGUUUUCGUCAUGCUAGGGAUUAUCCAGUUCAUCUCCAUUGCCUGCGGAAUCGGCCUGAUCUUCUUCCCGGACGAAUAUGACCGCGCGGCACGCUUGUUGAUGCAAACCAGCGAACAGACCAACACCGACGACAUCGCCCACUGGCCGACCGAUUUCACGCGCGAAGUGAUUCCCGUCGGCUGCCACUCCCAUAAUGAUUACUGGCGCCGGGUGCCUCUCUUCUCUGCCCUACAGGCAGGCUGCAUCGGAGUCGAGGCCGAUGUCUGGCUCUUCGACGAGGAACUGUACGUCGGCCACACACGAUCUGCGCUGACGAAGCGCCGUACCCUGCAAUCCUUGUACGUCGACCCACUCGUGCGCAUUCUCGAUCGUCAGAACCCGGUUACUCCCUUCCAGCGCACGAUCGAUACACCCCCGCACGGGGUCUUCGAUACAGACCCCGGCCAGAGCCUGGUCUUGCUGAUUGAUUUCAAAACGGAUGGCGCGGCAACUUGGCCCGCCGUGGUGAAAGAAUUGGCACCGUUGAGAGACCGGGGAUAUCUCACUUUCUUUAAUGGGCGCGAUAUCAUCCCCGGACCCGUGACGGUCGUCGGAACGGGGAACACGCCAUUCGACCUACUCACCGCAAACACGACCUACCGGGAUAUCUUUUUCGACGCCCCACUCGACAAGCUGAUCGAUGAUCUGGGCCUGGACCGCGGCCAGGUCGGUGCGUACGUCUCGCCCGUGAAACGGUCCACGGGAAUGGGCCAGGGUCUAUCCGGGAUGCCGGACAGUAUCAACGCGCACACUUUCAACGUCACCAACAGCUACUACGCCUCCGUCGACUUCAAAAAGGCUGUCGGAUUCCCCUGGCCCUUCCAUUUCACGGAGACCCAGAUGGAGGCUAUCCGGCGGCAGGUCCGGAUUGCGCAUAGCCAUGGACUGAAAGUGCGAUACUGGGGGUUACCGAGUUGGCCGCUCAGUUUGCGGAAUCAUAUUUGGCGGAUCCUCGUGCAGGAGGGGGUUGAUAUGCUCAAUGUGGAUGACUUGGUUGCUGCGACGAAGGGGGACUGGAAGAUCCGAAUCUUCGAUUGGUGGUUCUAG